AGGCUUCGCAGCCCCGGCCCCAGUCCCUGCAGCGGCUGUAACAAAACCCAGACCCCCAGGUCCCGGCCAAUGGAGGCGAUUUAGACUGAAGCGAGACCGCGUCUGUCAAAAGCUCCACUCGGCGGCAGCCACAGAGUCCAGGAGGGCUGGAGCCGCCACGCUGCCUCCCCGCCCCCGCCGGGAUUUAUUGAAUAUUUGGACUGGACAAUUAAGUGGUCCUGAUGAUGUUACCAAGCCCGAUCACCUCCACCCCUUUCUCAGUCAAAGACAUUCUGAAUCUGGAGCAGCAGCAGCGCUUCCACGGCGCCCACCUGCCAGCGGACUUGGAGCACCACUUCCACCCGGCACCCUGCAUGCUGGCCGCCGCGGAGGGCACGCAGUUCUCUGACGGCGGGGAGGAGGAGGAGGAGGAGGAGGGCGAGAAACUGGCCUAUUUGAACUCACUAGCCACCGCUGACGGCCAAGGGGAUUCGGGGCUCUGUUCCCAGAGCUAUGUCCACACGGUCCUGCGAGACUCGUGUAGCGGGCCUAAGGCACAUGAAGAGGAGCCCGAGGUCGUGAGGGACCGGAGCCAAAAAACUUGCCAGCUGAAGAAGCCUCUGGAAGAGCCCGGAGAUUGUAAGGCGGCAGAGGAGAGUGAGAGGCCCAAGCCACGCAGCCGCCGGAAGCCCCGGGUCCUUUUCUCGCAAGCUCAAGUCUUCGAGCUGGAACGAAGGUUCAAGCAGCAGCGGUACCUGUCGGCACCUGAGCGCGAGCACCUCGCCAGCAGCCUGAAGCUCACGUCCACGCAGGUGAAGAUCUGGUUCCAGAAUCGCAGGUACAAGUGCAAGAGACAACGGCAGGACAAGUCUCUGGAGCUCGGCGCGCACGCGCCCCCGCCACCCCCGCGCCGCGUGGCGGUACCGGUGCUGGUGCGGGACGGCAAGCCGUGCGUCACGCCAGGUGCUCAAGCCUACGGCGCGCCCUACAGCGUGAGCGCGGGCGCCUACUCUUACAACAGCUUCCCAGCCUACGGUUACGGGAACUCGGCCGCCGCCGCCGCCGCCGCUGCGGCUGCCGCCGCCGCCGCCGCGGCCUACACCGGCAGCUAUGGCUGUGCGUACCCGGCGGGCGGCGGCGGGGGUGGUGGGGGUGGCGGGGCCUCCGUAGCAACUUCAGCCAUGCAGCCCGCCUGCAGCGCGGCCGGAGGCGGCCCCUUUGUGAACGUGAGCAACCUGGGCGGCUUUGGCGGCGGUGGCGGCGGGCAGCCGUUGCACCAGGGUGCCGCAGCCGGGGCCGCGUGUGCGCAGGGCACCUUGCAGGGCAUCCGAGCCUGGUAGGGAUGCGGCGGGUCACGCGGUGGGUCCCCCACCGCAGCCUGGCGCCGCGGACUGAAGCGCGAGAAGGGCUGUAUCCAAGGGCCAGGCCCCCUUGUUAAAAAACAAAACAAAAACACACAGGUCUCGGUCCCCAGGGUCCCGGAGCAUAGCUCACACGAGGCCUGGAGAAGGGGGUAUAGGGGCAAAUAGGAUCCCUGGGACCGGUCGCGAAAAGCCUGCCAGGCAGAAACGCCGGCUGGGGCGGAGGAGGACGAUGGCCCUGACCCUGGCCCAGAAAAGGGUAAAAGCGGCUGGGGCUCCGGCUGUCGCUUGCUUCUCCCAGAACGAGGAGGGCUUCUCUCAUUUGCCCUUCCCGUGGCCUCCUCGAACGUCGGCGGGGAACCCAACGACAAAAAAAGCAUGAAGGAGAGAAAAAGGGGGCGUCGUGGCUUAAGAAAUCCCCAGGCCUUACCAACCCUUUGCUACCUUUGCGGGCCCCCAGCGCCACACCGCAGUUGAUUUUCCUUUUCCCAGCCUCCUGCCUCCGCAGCAGAUACCUCGGCCUAGACCUCCGGAUUGUCGGAGGACAUAGAACUCUGCGCGAAAAACCAGCGGAGCCGGAUCAAAAGUGGGGGGUGGGGGUGCUGAACAAAUCCGGGACCUGGUGGCCCAGCGGAGGUGUUACUGGGUUUCCUUUCUGUUUCGUAUUCUGUAUUCAGCACAUAUAAUAUAUAUAUAACUUUAUCCACAUGCCGUGUACACAUCGCUGCCAUACACUACAGGAGUCAAUAAACAAGGUGCAAUAUUUCCAAACCGUUUGCUAACUACAGACUAUGUUUAGCGCAGAAAAAUUGGGGAGGGAUCCUUUGAACAGGGCGAUCAGGG